AUGCCGGUUCUCGCUGCUGUACAACGUGCCUUUCCUCUCGGCCUAUCCUGGAAGCGCAGACCAUCCGCUGACAAGGGCAAGGCAAAACAAACCGUUUCCCCCAGUUACCCUCUGGAUCAAGUCUUUCAGGAUGGGGCUAUUCAUCUUGAGAUGAAGAGCGCCAACGUCUCCGGCUCAUUUUCCCUGCACGGUGACGACUCACACAGCGUGCAUAUAGCGGUGAAGCCGGCCGCCGAUCAUCCCAAUCAGUAUAUGUGCUCGGAUGAAUUCUCGAGAAAGUCAGUGGCAGAUGACUCCGACUUCGAGUGGGAGGAUUAUCCAUCUGCGUCUGUUCGCACGGCGUCUGCAAGGGCUCGGCUAUCUCGGGUGGUGCACUGGGCGAGUAUUGUCCAGAGCCAGUCACGCUGGACUCAUGAGCAGGAGAAAAGGCUCCGUCUGGCGCAGAAGCAGCUCGCCAUCUGCCAAAAGGCCUGGAGCUCGGAACAAGAAUUAUGGCUUGAUCAUGUUCAAGCUCUAAGCACAGAAAAGGCUGCCCAUGAGUAUUUCAUGUUAAUGCGGACUAAACAACAAGAAGAUGAACGUCUUCAGUUUCGCAAAGCGUGGAGGAGACGCCGAUCUACGGAAUCACUGCUGAGCAGUGGGGAAGAGAGUAAGGCAGAAAAGAACUCCAACCCAUUUUUGAAUUUGCGACGGUUGCAGCGCCAGGCAAAUUGA